UUUAUUUUAAUUUUAUUACAAGGAUUACUAUAAAUAUGCAAUAUUACAAGUUACAACUCAAAAUUGGUAGAGGGGAAACAUGGCUGGCAACAAACUUGGUGUUUUACAUCUUCUCCUUUUGUGUGGUGCAAUUCUACUGAGCGUGAAUCCAGAAACUGCAAGAGCAAAACUAUGCCCACAAAUUUGCACUGCAGAUAUAGCAUACAUGACCUGCCCAUCUUCAGGCAAUGAGCACCUUACUCCUCCUGCCUGCAAUUGCUGCUUUGCUGGAGAGGGGUGCACCCUUUACUAUGCUGAUGGAACUGCAAUCUGUACCGGGACUUGAAGAAGGGGCGGUUGACAGUUGACACUGAGAUGUGAUCACCUUAAAUUUGCAACAUAAUAAUAUCUGAUUGAAUAAAACAAUUAAUAGAGACUUUCAUUAAUUAUUGUCUCUAUGUUAUGUUAAUGUACAAUAAUUAUGUUUGUUAGAA